AUGACAAAGAAGUCAUCUUGUAGUAAGCAACAUUUGAACAUAAACAAUGAUUUAUAUCAUUGUACUCAUCACCACUUUCCUUGCUUUAAUUUUGCCUAUUCUAACGAUGAAGCAGUUCUUGAUCUUUUGCUAACAUCAACUAUGAACACUGGUGACGAAGAUUUUGGCAACAAAGUCACCAUUCUCCUAAUCGGAGUUGGAUUGGCAGCACUUGUAGUCACAAUCUAUCACUGCCUCGCCAUAGGGUGGCGCAACCGAGACCAAGUUGGGCGUAGCUCCCAACAGUUAAAUAAUUCGCAGACUAGAGAGAGCCCAAGCAGCUUUGAGAACUCCACUGCCCAUCUCAUCCCAAUCUUUAAGUAUCAAAAGGGCAUGGGAUUAGGAGGUGAUGAUGAAGAAACUUGUGCAAUUUGCUUGAGUGAAUUUGAAGAGGGUGAAGAGUUACGUACCUUGCCUGAGUGCAAGCACUCAUAUCACAUGGCAUGCAUAGAUAUGUGGCUAUAUUCACACUCCAAUUGUCCUGUUUGUCGCACUGAUGCUCUAUCUCCAGAACCUGCGUUUCGGACAAUGAAUUCUGAAGGAUCAAAUGCGUAUCAAGAUCUGCGUAUGUUGCCAAAUGGGUUUGUGUAA